AUGGCCAGCGCCGUCCGGGCCUCACCCGAGUGGGCUGCGGGGCCGGGCGGCGGAGCGGCGUAUAAGCGAAAGAACGCGGAUCCCCACCGCGCAAGGCCCGGCGUAACGGCAAGGGAAAGGAAAUGCGCCGUGGUUGAGAACAGUAAAAAGAAAUCAAAGAAACUAAAAUUAAAAAGGAGUCACCGAGUAGAACCAGUCAAUACUGAAGACACAGUUUCCCCAAAUACUACACCAGUAGCACCUCUUGCACCAGUUGGCUGGGAAACCCCUAAAAUUAACAGAAUUCGAAAACUUGAGCCUCUUGGUGAAACACGUCAUAAUGAUUUCUACGGGAAGCCCCUGCCUCCGCUGACAGUACGGCAAAGACCGAACAGUGAUUCCCAUGAUGUCAUUUCUUAACAAGGAGUCAUGCAGCAGCUUUAAAACAAAGCCUGCAGUGUGGAAAAGUGAAACCCAGAUUCAGUAUCAUUUUCUAAAAUGAUGAAAACAAUGCUAUUCUUAAAAAUUGCUGGGAAAGACACUAAGAGUGCCUUGGAAUUGCAGCAGUAAGAAUAGUGUUGAUGAAUUCAACUAUCUUGAUUCACCAGCUCAUCUUCAAGAGUUUAUGUGGACUAAGAAAAUGUUUAUUAAUAGAACUAUUGAUAAGUUCCUGAAUUUUUUCUGUGCCGGAACAGAAAAACUGUAGCUCUGAAGACCUUUCCAAGACCAACAUGUGCACCUACAAUGACUGUUUCUGGUUAUGCUUAGCAACCAGUAUUUCUACAUUUAAUAUUUCAGAGAUUUAUUUGGAAGGCUUGUGCAAAUGAAAAGUAUGAACUAUACAUUUCAACUAUUUUUAUAUUUUUUAUAGGAGGUUUGGAAAUUUGGGUUAACAGAACUAUUUUGAAAUAUUGAGGUUCAUACUUAAUUUUCACAAGCAAAACAUACUUCUGAAUGUCAUUUUUUUUCUUUGCAACUGCAGUACAGUUUGCCUAUGCUUCACAAGUUGCCCUUGCUGUUGCUGUGUUGAUAUUGUCUAUCGUCAUGAUCAGCCAGAGGAACUGCAUGCUCGAAUGAGUGCUGCAGUUGUUUUUACUCAAGCUGAAAAGCUUAUUCCAGAAGCUGGUGCUACAUACAGUGAACCCAUGCCAGUCACUGGGAUCACACCAAUCAUAUGUUCCGAAGAUGAGCAGGAAGACUGAAUCCCUACCCCUUGUUCUAACUUCUGGAUGGCUGAUGAUUAGAAUAAUUCCAAACAAUCUGGGAUGCCGUGCACUUAGUCGCAGUUUCUGAAGUGGGCUUUUCCAUGGGGGUGGGGGGCGGGGACAGACAACAAGCAUUGCACGCAUUAAUAGGAUGUGCAUUUCCUCUUGUCAAAUUGGGGUGACUUGUCUCUUGAUCUCCUGAUAAAUGAGACUAUAUGUAAAAUUAUGAUGGUUUUGCUCGUGGAAUAUGUUGUAACCUCAAAAUAAUUUUCUGUCCAAAGACCUAAAAUGGCAAGCGACUAAAAUUGGAAGCAAUUAGCCCUUCCUCGAUUAGGUUAUAUCUGUUUCCUGUAAUGCUGACCCAACUUUUUUGCAGCUCAUUAUACUUUCUUGCUCACAUUCAGAGCUCUACUGUGCGCGUAUCUGUGUAGGUCAGCUUUGUAUAAGCGUGUGGGCACAUAUGUGGUCUUGGCACUAAAGUGAUUGAGAAUGCUUUUGGUUAUGCUGGAGCUGAAAUGUGUACAUCAAAGCACUCUAAAAAUUUAGAUGGUGCCCUGUCCAGUGUGGCCGUCUUUAACAAACUGAGAAUGGCAUAGAAGUACAGAAAUAUUUAUUUGUUCUGUAUGCAUGGAUCCUAUUUGAAAUUAACUCCUGCAUCAUAAAUAAAACUGGCACAAUUGAAAUAUUAAGAUCUGUUAUUAAGUUCUGUGACUUCACACUUUUUGUGUACAAACAGUAAUAUUAAAAUUUAUCCAAAAUAUUAUAUUUAAUAGAACAUUGUGGUCAAAUAGUUUUGAAUUCAAAGCUGGCUAUUUCCCCUUUUUUUCCGAGCAUGUAUGUCGAAAACUGAUGUAAACGUUAAUUAGUACCACAAUCAUUUUAAAAGUACUGUGAAUUUUAGUUUAGGAAAAAAUAAGCCAAAAUGACCCAUAAGAUGGUUCAAAGACUAGUCCAAGGCUUUCUGUUUUGGGAAACAAUCUUUUAAUGGAGCUUGAUAGUUUCAGCCCUUUCACUGAAAGAUAUUUUUCUGCCAGUUCUUUCCCCUAUUAACAUGCAUUACAAUUCAAAGGAUUUUCUGGGAACACAAAAGGAAAAAAACCCAGCCUUUUAAAUAUACAACAUGUGUGCUCCAUGUAUUUGUUUAUGACUGUUAAAUAUAUGUUUGCUUUGGGCCCAAACUAAUUUUUUGUGUAUUAAUGUAAUGAACUGUUUUAUUGUUUUUCCUUAUGACUGUAUUAUUUGUUGAAUGUCAAAUCUAAACGUUUUAUGCCUGCAGUAAAAAUAAAUAUGAAAUAAAGUCUUAAUGCAA